GAUAAUACAUACAGCACGCAAGAUGGCCACUUGUUUUGGUUUGGCGCAGCCAGUGGGUUUCACUUCCCAAAACGCGUUUUGUUCCGACACGAAACUAGAAGCAGGCCACCGUACUUCGCUGCUGGUGACGUCAAGAUCGAUAACAGAACGUCAGGUAGAAACUUGGCGAGCUAGGCUGCUACUUAUUUGUGUGUACAUAUGCGGAGCUAAUGUGUUGAUAGCCGCGCAAAAUUGAUAGGCGACGUUAAACACGUCACGAAUACAACAGGCUGCCGGUUCCAAGGAGUUUGGGGUCUUCUCAAUAGCUGCCAAAGGCUCGCCAACGAACGUUCGUUAGCUUGCUCCUGCUAAGCUAACAGUGACUACUAACGGAGCGAUUAUACGAAUAUCCCACACGAUACAAUUGGAAGCGCCUCUCAGUUGUACACGCGUUUUUAUGUUGAUAUACGUAACGAGUAUUUGUUUUAUUGUAUGCACGUUAAACACCUCCAGUAAUAUCUGGCUGCCGUGAUCCUGGACAAAUGUUUUUUAUUUAUCGUGGUGUGCAAGAUACGUCAGCAGGGUCGCAUUUUCCUUUAUUUUGAUGCCUCGGAUCUGACAUGCAAACAAUAACGGUGUAUCCUCUCCAUUCUUUGUUUAUCUCUCACUCACACAAGCACACGAACUAAUUUUCCGUGUGCUUUGGAGAUUGUAUUCUCAAACUCGGUGACUUGACUGUCCAUCAUGUCAGAUCUGGAUACCCUCGUCGUCACAUUCCAGUCCCAGCUUUCAGAAGUGCUGGAGACGGUCUUAAAGACAGCCAUGUACGAGGUGACCAGACUGGUGGAGGGGGGCCUCAUGGAGGAGGUGAGGCGCAGGAGCCAGGAAGUGGAAUCACUGCAGAUGCAGCUUCAGUGGGCCCAACGAAAUCUUAGUGAUAAAGAAAUGGCAAGGAAAGACAGGUGUGUUGACUGUGGAAAGGCUGAUGUAAAAGUGUCAGCUGACAUGGCAGAAGAAAUGAUUACUGAAUUGCAACAUGGUGUGAUGAGGGGGUCUGGCUUAAAGCAGGAGGACCACUUUGUGGACAGGUGGACAAGAAUCUCUGGACUAGAAGGGAUGUCUAAUUCAGAACAAGAGACAGAUAACCUUUCAUCCAUUUUCAGCCCUGUGACAGAAUCACAGACAAGAGAAGAAGACAGCUUGAGGCCAUUUUUGGAAGUGAAGGAGGAAGAAGUUGAUCAGCCAUCUUGUUCUAUUGAGCAUGAGGGAAGGUGGGCUCCUAGCCAUGAUGGUGGGGCUAGAUCUGAAUCUCAGAGCCCGAGUGAAAUAACGGAUGUGCAACUGAAACAGCCACAGUGGAAUGGUGAAGACUCAUUGAGAGCUGUCGUCAGUCAGGAUGCGCAGAACUCUUCUACCCAGAACUUAAUAGAAGAUGGUGAGGACACACACACUCAAUGCACACACGUGGUUACAGAGCCCCCACAAAUCUUGACUUUGGAGAUGGAGUCCACACAAACUGGACUGACACUCCAAAAACCUGGACAACUCCAUAACCAGACACUUCAAACUGACAAGGACUGUGAACCAGCCACCACCAGGGGUUCACCACAACAGGCUGGUCCCAAACCCAUGGAUUCAGUCACAUUAAACCAAGCCCAGGCUAACCUACAAAUAGUCAGGAGUAAAAUUUCAUCUCUAGGUUCCCCUCAGGAAAGACAACAAAAUAGAAGUGUGGGGGAUGUGGUGAUAAAGCAGGAGCUUGUUGAAGAUUCUGAUGGGACCAAGAAAAAGGAGGUAGAGGAGAAAGAGAUGACUGGGCCCGGAAUGCAAACCUCAUCAUGUUCAAUGAAGUACAGGUUGAGACGGGAAGUUCUCAAGCAAAACAUUUCUACUAAACCCACUGUGCAGGAAGUAUUGAAGCUUCAUUCUAAAGUGGGGACGACUAUUGCAUUGCAGGCAGCCAUCCAACACCUGCAGCCGCCUACUAAAAAAACAUGUCUCACACACAUGACUGCAACCGACACAACUCCCUCUCAACGUGCUAAUUUAAAUACCCUCAACAGAACUUCUGCUACAUCAAAACCAGCUUCUUCUCCUUCCAUCUCUGUCCAGCAAACAGACAAUGGUGCCAAACACUUUGCAGGACUAACCCGGACUUGUCCCCCAUGGGUUAGCAUCAGAACCCACCAUCAGACCCCAAACUCCACCCCACCCCACCCUGCAGACCCACACCCAGGCUCUCACUUUCACUCUCAACUGGGGCCCCGGCAGCUGCUGCGUUGUGGCCAGUGUGGAAAGUGUUUCCCACACCCCAGCAACCUCAAAGCCCACCUUCAAAUCCACACUGGGGAAAGGCCCUUCUGCUGCUCCUUGUGCGGUCGCAGCUUCACUAAACUGAGCAACCUUAAGGCUCACCGUCGGGUUCACACCGGAGAGAGGCCAUACUGCUGCUUGGCCUGUGGCAAGCGCUUCACUCAGAAAUGCAACCUGAAACGCCACCAGAGGAUUCACUUGGAUGUAUGAUGAUGAUGUGUACCCCAUGCAACAAGAGCAUGCAAAGGGUGUGAGCGUGUGCAUUCCAGAGAGCGAGCAUUCUGCAUUGCAUUCUUAUGCAGUGGAUUUAGUGGCUCACCAGGCUGUGUCCUUUGUUAUGGUGUGAAUAUUCUGACAUGCUGUGUUUAUUCUCCCUGUUAUAUUAAAAAUGUUUUGAGGUUCUGUAUGAAUUUCAAGGAAGGGCGUUCAAUAUUGUGAGUGCAUUCCUCUAAUAUUUAUAUGAACAGGAAAACGUGACUUUUGGUUGGCAAUCGGGCUGUCUAUUCUGUGAAUAUUCAUGUUCUUCCAUGGUGCGAAUGAGUCCAGUGGCUAUGUGCGCACACAAGUAAAGAACAUCAGCACUUACAGUGUCUUCAGUCAUGGCCAGAUGACAUGACCAUGUCUUGAUUGUCACCAGGUAAACCCUUUUGCAAGGAUUCAUUUGUUUUACUUGAACGUUUAUGUCAUCCAUUGUAAGAUGAGUAGUUUUUCUGUCCUUACUGUCUUAAAUAUAAAAAUAUAAAUGUUUUGUUUUUUUCCUAAAUCAUGAAAACCUUUUUGAGAAACACAGGUUUCAUCUUGCAGCUAUGGUAUGUGUUUCAACAUGACCAUGAAAAAUAAUUUGAUUUCAGGUUAGCACUUUUUAUUAAAGUUACUUAAUGUUGAUUUUUUUGGGAGGUUAUAUUUAAACGGGCAUGAAACACAGAAUGAAAGCCCUGCUGCGAUCUAGCAGCUAAAAAUUUCAGCCGCUAAAUGGCAGGAUUUUCCAUAGACAUAUAUACA